CGCACAACUGUGUGAUCGAAACUGGGAGUCGCCAGCCUUCCCCUGAAGGUUGAGCUACACCUGGGACAGCGGGCUGUGGUAAUUCAACCACAGCAAUGCGGUAAAAAGAAAAUGUCAGAAAACCUCGGCGGUGUGGCUGCUGUCCAGUCUUCAGGCUGUCUUAUAUUAAAGUCGUUAUCCACUGAGUUCACAGUGGUCUCUUUGUUUAAGCUAGCGACACGUUAGCUGCUGCUUCCGGAAAACAACCUUCACACAGAAAAUCCAAAUGAAGACAUGGAGAUAACAUUUUUGACUCUUUGGAUCAUUGUUUCACUGUCACAGUUUGAAUGGAUUCUGCAUAGACUUAUGAAAUAUACCAAACCCAGUUUUUAAGGAGAUAAGAGGACACAGAUAUUUUCCCGAGACACAGACUUUUGGACUGACCUCACUAAGCUAAUGGCUACAACAGAAAUCAAAGUUCCUGGCAGCAGUAGCGCAGCAGGUCUGUCGUGGGCGCGGGUAUGUAAGGAGUGUGGCCAGCAGCAUGAUGGCCUGGAAAGCCACCUGUACGAGUACCAGGAUGAGGUGGACGAUGAACUGGUUUGCCACAUCUGUCUGCAGCCCCUCCUCAGACCUAUGGACACCCCUUGUGGCCACACCUAUUGCUUCCACUGUCUGAGCAACUUCUUGAAAGAGCAGGACUUCUGCCCUGUGGACCGCCAGCGGCUGCAGUUAAACCAAUGCCGCCCCUCCAGUCUGCUGGUCAGGAACCUGCUGGACAAGCUGAAUGUGAUGUGCCCCCACAAUGAGUGUCAGCAGCAGAUGCAACGCUGUGAACUGCAGCCUCACCUGCACAACAGAUGUCCUGUUUUUCGAAGACUGCGGGAGGAAGCAGAGAAGAGGAAGAGGCCCUCGUGGAAUGAGCUAAAGGGACGUAAGAGUGACGGAGAGUUGUCUGGUGAAGCUAAACAUUCAGUAACUGUGUGCCGAAAUCCACCCCGAGAUCAGCCUGAGCCUGGGCUGAUUAACCCUGCCUAUGAAGAAAGUGAGGAUGACAACACCCCCCUGCGGUCCAGUCUUGUGGCCGAGGCCAAUGUGGUGGAGCUGUUCAGAGAGGAGACGGAUGAGGAGCUGGGCCUUCGCAUCGUGGGGGGGAAAGACACACCACUGGGGAACAUAGUCAUCCAGGAGAUUGUCAGGGACUCGCUAGCAGCUCGCGAUGGCAGACUUGCUCCAGGGGACCAUAUCUUAGAGGUGAAUGAUGUCAGUUUGGCUUCAGUCCCCCAUGCCCGGGCCAUCGCAGUGCUGCGUCAGCGUUCCCUCCUCAGGAUCACUGUUAUGCAGGAGAAAGGUUUCAAAUCGAGGGAUCAACGGUCUGAUCAUCACCCUUCCUCUGGCACCACUUCCACUGCCUCCCAGCCCUCUCACAGUCCCCAUGGCAACUCUACCUCCAAUCACAGCCCCGGUUCAGUCCUCCAGGUGACGCUAAUGAAGAGUCAGCGCAGCGAACCACUCGGCAUCAAACUCAUCCGCAAAUCGGAUGAGAGUGGGGUUUUCAUCCUGGACCUGCUUUCUGGUGGCUUGGCAGCCAGAGAUGGAAAACUGAAGAACAAUGACAAGGUGUUGGCCAUAAAUGGACAUGACCUGAGGCAUGGUACACCUGAGAGCGCUGCCCUAAUCAUACAGGGGAGUGAGGCGCGUGUGAACUUCGUGGUGAUGAGACCUGCAGAGACUCAGGAGGACGGCGGCGGCAGCAGAGAGGGACCUCACAGCAGAGCAGCCAGGAGGGCUGAGCCGCAGUACUUUAGGCGCCAGUCCACCUACAUGAAGGAUCCUCCAGGAGGGUUUUCCAGUCAGGAGAAGAAUGUGAGCCUAAAGAAGGAGCCUCGGCUUUCCCUGGGCAUCACCAUUGCCGGGGGGAGGGACUGUCGCAGCCGCCUGCCUGUUUACAUCACAAGUGUGCAGCCUGUCGGCUGUCUGCACCGAGAUGGCACCAUUAAAAAGGGCGACGUUCUGCUGAGCAUCAACAGUGUUGAUCUGACCCAGUUGACCUACAACGAGGCAGUUUCUGUGCUGAAGGCCCAGACAGCUCAGUCACAGGUGGUCCUCCGCGUCAUCCAGACCCUUUCAGAGGACUCAGAGGAAGACGCCGAGGCUGCAAACUUGGAAGAACUGGAACCUGUAGACGACACACGAGAUGACACCCUCAACUGGACACCGCUGUGGACUCGCUGGCUGGGAUUACCGAGUCACAUGCACUGGUGCCGGGACAUCGUCCUGCAGAAGACCAACAACGAGAGCUGGGGCUUCAGUAUUGUCGGGGGCUAUGAAGAGAGCCACGGCCAGCAGCCUUUCUUCAUCAAAACCAUUGUGCCUGGCACGCCGGCUCAUUUUGACGGACGCCUCAAGUGUGGUGAUGAGAUAGUGGCGGUAAACGGAGCCACAACAGUGGGGAUGAACAACUCUUCUCUCAUCCCCAUGCUGAAGCUGCAGAAGAAUAAAGUCACACUGACUGUGGUGUCCUGGCCUGGGAGUCUUGUGUAGCAAAACUCUCAUUCCCAUUUACUCACUUUUCUUUUAUCACCCUCUUAACUGUUCACAUGUACACACAGAUAUUUGCCCUGUUCUGCUGCAUUCUUGACUGGUCCACUCUCUCUCCCUUCCAUAUGUAACUCAUUGUUAGGUUACUUUCUUGUGUUUAGAUCAGUUAUGUAAUACAGAACAUGUGAGUACUUAAGAACCAUCAUGUGUACAAUGGAAAUUAUUUUCCUGAGCAUAGCCUCAGCAGGUACCUGUUUGUCCUCCCACACUCAAAGGACAGAUGAUUGCACAAAAUGGGUUUAAUCAGGGUGCAAAAAUGAUGACAAUCAGUGAAUUAUAUCCCAAGGACAAACUGGAAGGCGUUGCUUUUUUUUUUUAACACCUUUUUUAUCCUUUAAUCCUUUUCUGUAUACUUUCUGUAUUUUUUUUUUUUUACUUUCCUGUUAAAUCAUGUUCUCAUUUUGUAGUCACGACUUUAUUCAAGUGAUUCACAAACAGCGUCCAAAGAUGACAUGUAGUGCUUAAAAUAUAUGUAGACAGUUGUGAUGAAGAAUUAUAGAUGACUACAUGUUACAAAAUGGCUGGCGAGUGUGAUAUCAUCAAUUUUAUUUACCUUGCAUUUUCAAAACGUGCAAUAAAGUGACGUUAAGAAUAAAAUCUAUAGCUACACUGUGUUAUAAAUAGACACUUAACUUGACACUUUCAUGCUUGUGCAGACAGGAAGGUUCAGUUUAAAAGGGCUUAAAGAGUCUGGAAUAUUUGAGAUCCAGUCCUAUCUAAGCCAUAAAAGUAAUCAGUAAAAUCAUCACAGUCUUAACUGGAAACCUGCAUAGACCAUUUCAGUAGAAAUGCAUUGGUAGGAAACAGCUUGGGUCCAGGCAUUUCCUGUUAACUCUUGAUAUUAGCAAAUGUUGCAAAAGGAAAUAAGCUUGGACAAAUUUAUGUUAUUUAAAACUGUGAGCUGGAAUCUAGAAGCGAAUAAUUCCGUGAUGAUUGUUUGGUCUUAAACAAAGGUGUUCAUUUAUGUAUAAGAUAUUCAGCUUUUGAUUUAUUAAUUGAUUCAUGUCCAUUGACCAGACCAGUGCUUUGUAUUUAUUUUAAAACAAACAAGUGGCUCAUUGAAUUACUUUAAAAGCGGGUGCCCUGUAGACAUUGGAGGACAAACCAGAACAUCUUGCCUUAAACUUCCCCUAUACACAAUGUGUUUCUCCUCAUUAUUUCCCCUCGUUAUAAACUGUUCUCAAAGGAGAAUGGCCUUGUUCAACACAUUCACAGUGGCCUUUCUUGUAUCUUAAUUAACACAAGAUUUAUUGAAUACUAUAUAUAUACACAUACACACACUACCUACUGUGUGUGUAUUAGCCUGUCCACUGUUUCAUUAUGUUAAAUAAAACCAUAACAAAUCA